UUCAUAAUUAUAAAAUUGUCAGGUUGGUAUGGUAUUAUUACAAUUUACAAGUCACAACAAAAGGUUAAAAGCUUGCCCCUUUCUCACGCCGGUGAAUAUAUUGCUAGUAAGAUAGUAGUUGUUUCAUCUCCACCGGCGAGCUCUGGAGGACAUAAAUGUGGAUAGAUGAUCAGCGAAAUAUGUUCCUUGGGUAAACGUUGACAGUAACACCUUUUGCUUCAUUCUGAAUUACCAUUUAAAACACCAGAACUACUCAUCUUAAACCAUAAAUAGUUCCAUCAGGAAAUGCAUAUAGUUUCUUCCAUGAAUCCCAUGUUAUUGGCUUCGCCUCCCAACCUUCAGUUGCCUUCCUGUCAUUCCUCACCUUGUCAUCAGUUACAACCUCAGUACGUUCCCAGUAGUUUUGUCAGUCAUCGUGUUCAUUUUGUCUCUUCUCUUUCUUGUUCAUUUCCGUCCUCUUUACGUCUUUCCUUGUGCACUCACCAGUCAUUAAUCGGUGCUGCAAUUCCUUCAGAUGAGGGACCAAUUUCUGCAAUCACUUUUGAAGAUUUUAUAGAAAAAGAUUGGUCGUUUCUUGAUUUAGAUGAUAUCAAUUCUGAAGAAGAGCAUAAACAAAAAAUUAGCCAGAUAAUAUCUGCAGGAGAGGUUGAAGACACUUCGAGGGUUUUGGUUUCAAUUGGUUCAGAAGAAUUUGUAGAUCAGUUAGUUGAUACAUUGCCAUACAGUUUUUUGCUUGUCGUCCAUGAUUCACUUUUUCUAUUAGCUUGCAUAAAAGAAAAAUAUGACAAGGUCAAAUGUUGGCAAGGAGAGCUGAUACAUGUGCCAGAAAAGUGGGGUCCUUUUGAUGUUGUAUUUCUCUAUUUUCUGCCAGCCUUGCCGUUUAAACUCGACCAGGUUUUCGGGACACUUGCAAAACACUGCUCACAAGGUGCAAGAGUUGUCAUUAGCCAUCUCCAAGGAAGAGAAGGAUUAGAGCAGCUAAAAAAACAAUACCAAGAUGUUGUAGUUUCUGAAUUGCCUGAUAAGAUGACCUUGCAGAAGGUUGCAGCUGAUAAUGCUUUUGAGAUGGCUGAAUUUGUGGACGAGCCAAGAUUCUAUGUUGCUGUUUUACGAUUUUCUGGGAAAAUAAUCUGAAAAGAUUUUCAAUUUUCAACCAUUUUUGUAGGAUGAAGAAUUCUGUGAUACAUUAAAAUGUGAAUUCAAUGGUACAAUGCUGGUGUGUUCAUUGGUGGUUUUUCGGUAAGAAGCUCUGCAAAAGAAAGCAAGCUUUGAAAAUUUGUUGCAAUUUGGUAUGCCCUAACAUUUCCAUGCUGUGACAAAUAUGUUUGUCUGGGUCUCCAUGAAAUGAAUGCAACUUUUUCUCUUUGAAAUUA